CCAAUCAAGCAAAAAAAGUCUUUUUUAUUAUAGUAUAUAUGCACAAUGUGCGUUUUGGUGAAUUUCAGUUUAUUUUCAGAUUUCAAUCUGACUAGAUCGAUAUGAGAUCCUUGAAAUUUGUGAUUUUUUCUAUAUUUUUCGUAGUCACAGUUGAGUCCGCGAAUAUUCUGGGAAUAUUUUCAUUUCCAGCAUACAGUCAUCAGCACUUUAAUUACAAAAUUUUAAAAAUAUUAGCUGACGAAGGACACAAUUUGACUAUUUUUACAUCACAUAUUCAUGAUUAUGGCGACAAUCAAAAUGUCACACAACAUUUAUUUGCGGAAUCUCAAAAAAUAUAUGAUGAGAACACAGACAUGCUGAUGUACAAGAGGACCAACCUUAAUUAUGUGAAAAUGCAGUUUUUAGAAUCUAAGGCACACUUCAUGGUCGUUAAUAAUGAAAUGAAACAUCCAGAAAUUCAAAAUUUGAUCAAAAACAGCUCUGAUUAUCACUUUGACUUAGUUAUCGUCGAGUGCUUCUUGUGUCCAUACUUUUUAUUUGCUGAAAUUUUCAACUGUCCAAUUGCUAUCCUAACUUCAACUGAAAUUGGAAAUUUAGGUCAUGAAGUGUUUGGAAAUGACGCCAAUCCAAUGAAAUAUCCUGAUUAUUUUAUUCUACCAUACGUUCAUGGGAAACUGUCGAUCGUCGAAAAAAUCAAUGGUGUGAUUUAUAAAAUUUAUCAUGAACUAAUCUUCAACUUUUUCUACAUGCUGUUAAAUGGAAUAUUAAAUUUUAAAUAUUUCAUACAUUUGGGAACAGCAGCAUUUGUGCCACCGUUAAAUCGUCUGUCACUACUCAUGCUCAAUACAAAUCAUGCAGUUGGACAUGUCCGUCCAAUGAUGCCACAUUCUAUACAAAUUGGAUUUGUGCAUGUUGAGAAGCCAAAAGCUAUCAAAGAUUUGGAACUUAAAGAGUUCUUGGAUAAAUCAACUAAUGGUGUGAUUGUUGAGGCAUUUGGGUCUAGAGUCAAUUUGAAAAGUUUUGGAAGUGAUAUAACUAAAAAAUUUGUGAAUGCAUUCAACAUGACAAAUAUGAGUGUUUUAUGGAAGUAUGAUAAAUUAGAAGGUGUGAUGGAAGUGCCAAAAAAUGUCAAAAUUGUGCCAUGGAUACCAUUAGCUGAUGUUCUAGCACAUCCAAAUGUAAAGUUAUUUAUCUUUCAUGGAGGAAUGUUAUCAAUUUAUGAAGCAAUCGAUCGAGAAGUUCCAAUGAUUGUAUUUCCAUUGGCUUAUGAUCAGUCAACAAAUGCGAAACUUGUGAUUGACAAAGGAAUCGGAAUGGAAAUGGAUUUGAAUGAUUUUGAUGAGUUUAAACUAAGUGCAGCAAUACAGGAAAUGACAAAGCCAAAAUAUGUAGCAAAUAUAAGAAAAGUGAAAUCAUUGGCAUACGAUCAACCAAUUAGCAGUCGAGAUUUAAUAGUUUGGCAUGUGAAUAAUGCCAUUAAAAAUCGAAUUGCUUAUGCGAAGGACUUUGGCAGUAUGACUUACUUUGGAACGCCAUUUAAUCUAUGCUUAAUGUAUUUGAUAAUAUUUAUAGGACUUAUCUACUUCCUUUUAAGGAAGACAGUAUCAAAAAUUAAAAAUAAAGUUGACUAAAUUAGGUUCAGAUUUAGAUUUAAGCUUAAAAUUAAUUGAAUUAAUGAUCGUUGCCUUUGCUUCCUGUUUUUAAGGUUUGCGGAUUGGAUUUUGUUUAAAAACUUAAAAAAAUAUUUCCUUAUGAUAUAAUAAACUUAAUAAAAAAAAAUUACAAAAGUCUUCGUGUUAUUUAUCGAGAGACUUCAGCGCAUUUUUG